CCUAUUCUUGAAACUACUGAGGAGAAAGAUUGUAUAUUAAGUGUUGCCUCCACCAGGACCAGUAUGUCCAGUGGCAGUAAGACAACAGUGGCUCAUGAGAUGCAGGACAGCAGAUCUGGACCUGAGAAGGAGGGGAGGACCUGGAGCAGCACUCAAACCUCCAUCUCCACUACUGAGGGGUCUGAAUUACACGCAUUCAUCAAGAUGAGGAACAAAGUGGACAAAGAUACUGAGGAAUGGGAGAAACUGAACUAUGAUAUCCACACUCUGAGGUGUGCUCGUAAAGAAGUUUGUACACGUUGGAAGAAGAUCUUGCUUCAGCUGGGUUACCAGAGGGAGGCAGACUCCUUACUGGCAGUGAACAGACUGACUGUUCUGAAUGACUGGGACAAUGUGGAGAAGGCCAGAGAUCUCCUGCGCAUAGUGUCAGAGGAGACGGGCCUCUUCCCCCGUGGACUCAGCAACAGUGAAAGAUAUGUCUUUGUCAUGGAUCGACUGGUGUCUUUGGACAGUGCUGAAGACUUUGUGCGGUUGGCCAAAGAGAAAUAUCCAAGAAUUGAGUCUUGAGAUGUAAAGGAAAUUCUAAGUUUGGACUCGUUUGCUCUCUUUGAUGCUUCUUCUGCAACUAUUUUUAUCAAUAAAUUCAUUGUUGUUUGAUGUCACGGGAGUGGCACUAUUAUGAAAGAAAGUUAAAUUAGAAUUAGAAUAAUGGGGUGAUAACUUGUUGUUAUGAGUGCAAUAAUUCCAAACGAAUGUCCAAUAAAUUAAAAAUUAAAUCUCUCCUUUUUGCUUAGUUCGUCUAGGCACGUGCCGGCCCUGUACACAACAAUUAUAAUUCAUUGUAUAUUUGUUUUGAUUUAUGUUUUGCAAUCAGAUCAAUAAAGA